AUGAGUGUCAAGGCCGGACUGCCUCCACCGUCUGCAUCAGAAGGUCCGCCACCAUCGUCCGCUACUGGAGAUCUUGGACCGAUCGGGGGAAUAAAGCAGGCUCAUGCUGACAUGGUUGCAUGGCUGUACAAGCCGCAUGGUGCUUCCAUUGAUGACCAGCUGAAGAAAGUUGACGCCGCCAAAGUAAAGCGAGAGCAUAUUGCCUACGGAUUCAUUGGCUUGACAAGCUUGUACCUACUAGCUGGAGAAGAAGCGAUGUUCGUUUCCUGUCUAAUCACUUUCCUUUAUCCAGCUUCAGUCGCUGUUGGCGUAAGUUUUCUGCGGGCUUUUCUCCGGAUUAUCCGUUCAAAGAAAGGAUCAGAGGCUGUAGGACAGCUGUUGUACUGGGUUCCGUUUGGCUUUUUUGCACUGCUUGACUCCACGUCCUUUAGUUUGAUUCCUGCUUACUAUCUCUUCAAGAUAAGUUGCGCGGUCAUUAUUAUCGAUAAGAACCUCCUAGCAUUAUAUAAUUUUAGACUGCUUUCCUGAUU